UUGAUGCGCUCACAUCAGAGAGGUCUUGUUUGACAAUACGGAGAAGAGGGCGGAGGAGGUUUUUCACUCUGUUUUCAUUCAGUCGCUCUUUCGGAAGCAAACGCAGGGAUUCGACUCUACAGUUAUAUUUUUUGAUAAAUCCAAGUUUUUGAACAUUGUGAACACCUCCUCCCCUGCUCCUUCCUCUGUGAGGGUCUUCAGGGUGAUGUCAACUUCCUGCCUUGUGCGCCUGAUCAGGUGCAGCGGUUCUAACAUCGGUCGCAGUGGUUUGCUACAGAAGGCUUUCGAUCUGCUGCCUUUUCAGCUUGAUAGCCACAAAGCACAGUUCCCAUUGUUCUGCAGACAAAUUUCUGGACCUUCUGGGAGGCGAUACAGCAACACGCGCUUCGAUCCAGACGGCAGCGGCCGCCUUACGACUUGGGACUCCUUUGGGAUUUGGGAUGAUCGCAUCGACGAGCCCAUCAUGCUCCCCCCUAGCAUUCGCUAUGGCAAACCCAUUCCCAAAGUUAGUCUAUCUAAGGUAGGGUGUGCAACCCUGAUUGGCCAACGCAAGGAGAAUGAGGACCGGUACCAGGUCUCCCAGAUAAAUGAAAACACCCUGUACUUCGCCGUGUUUGAUGGCCAUGGCGGCUCUGAAGCAGCCGACUUCUGCGAAAAAUACAUGAAGAAAUUCAUCAAGGACAUUCUGGCAGAGGAUGACAAUCUGGAAUCGGCUUUAACGAAAGCCUUCCUAGAAGUAGACAAAGCUUUGGCAAAGCACUUGCACUUCUAUCCAAAUGAGCCGGGAUCGAACGCGGGAACCACCGCCACCGUGGCGCUGCUGAGGGACGGCAUCGAGCUGGUGGUGGCCAGCGUGGGGGACAGUCGCGCCAUGUUGUGCCGCAAAGGCAAGGCUCUUAAGCUGACUGUUGACCACACACCUGAAAGAAGGGACGAGAAGGAGAGGAUAAAGAAAAGCGGGGGCUACAUCACCUGGAACAGUCUCGGGCAGCCGAACGUCAACGGCCGGCUGGCGAUGACACGCAGCAUCGGAGACUUUGACCUGAAGAAGAUUGGAGUCAUUGCUGAGCCAGAAACCAAAAGAGUCACACUGCAUCACGUCCAUGAUUCCUUUCUGGCUCUGACCACAGAUGGCAUCAACUUCAUCAUGAACAGCCAGGAGAUCUGCAACGUCAUCAACCAGUGUCACGACCCCAAAGAGGCAGCGCAGAGAAUAUCUGACCAGGCUCUUCACUACGGUACGGAGGACAACAGCACAAUCAUCGUGGUUCCUUUCGGCGCCUGGGGGAAACACAAGAGUUCAGACGUCAGUUUCUCCUUCAGCAGGAGCUUCGUGUCCAGCGGCCGCUGGGCGUAGCCUGACGCCGG